AUGGCCGUACAGGACAUCGAAAGCUUCAAGGUGGCCAUGACGGCCGUGUACGGCCCAUUCGAUGAGUUGACAGGAGACAAGGUGAGGAAUUGGAUUCCUCCCAGUUCCCCCGGCGCGGGCGGACAUCACGGCCGAUACUUGUGGACCGACGCAUUUGGGGUCAUUAAUUUCUUAACUCUAUACAAAGAGACAUCAAUGGAACACUAUCUUCACCUUGCGAAACGCUUGGUCUACACCGUGCACAAUGUUCUAGGACGCACGAGAGAAGGAAGCCAACGGCUGCCGGGGGCUACAGACGACGCUCCUUUGAAGGGAGGUUUGAGAAUUGGCAAAUUGACCGAGGCAGGGGCUGACUGCGACGGCCAAUAUCAUCACUACCUGACUAUAUGGAUGUUUGCUCUGAAUCGCGUGUCAGUUGCAACGGGUGACUUAACGUUCAAUAACUUGGCGAUCGAAUUGGCCAAGGCGAUUCACGACCACUUCGUUAUAUCGGAUGACGUCGGGAACAUGCGAAUGGUGUGGAAGAUCUCAACCGACAUGAAGGACGUGCUGGUUCCUUCAGAGGGCCAUCUAGACGCUGCUACCGGCUUCGCCAUCUACAGGCUUUUGCAAAACACCGCAGCGCUGUAUGGCGCAGACGACGAUACAAUCUUGAGUAAAGAGAUAGAAGAUUACGCAGCUCUGAUGCUACGUCCCGGCAAGCUGGCGCCGACGACCGAUUUCUUAGACUUGGGCAUGGGUCUGUGGAUGUGUCAUCUGUGUCAUGAAGAGCCUUGGGCGGAUAAGCUGUCCAACCAAUCGCUUCAGAUGCUGCGAAGUCACCUUGGAUCGGCGGAGGGAGCACCACUGCGACGAUACAAGGGCCUGGCGUUUAGGGAGUUUGGCGCAUAUCUCGGGGCGCGAUGUGUCGGGACGGAUGACGAGCUUGAUGCAAAAAUAGCGGCGCUGAUUAAGGCUCGGGAAAAGGAUACGCCGCAUGUUGAUCGGGAUCUGAAACCUAUAUCGCAUGUCAUGUAUGCGAGUGCUGUGAUUCCUGGUGCUUUUCGACGAGAUUAUUUCUCGAAUCCAUGGAGUAGAAAUUAG